UAGCUGAUUUAGAAAAGCCCUUUGCCUGCCAAAAUCAACCCCCACAUGCCUAUAGCCGAAGCCGCCAACUUUCUCAAUAUAUAGAUAUAAUCACUAUUAUUAGGUUUUAAGACUCAGAAGUCAGAACUUGGAUCCUCCUCAUUUUCUCCGCUGCCCGAAUUCCCUCAGAGUGAAGAUGACUACUUUGAGCCUUACUUCCCCUUGCAUUGUUAAAGUUGCAAUUCCCGAACGAUUUUCAAGUGCUAUUGUCAAAGCCCCAACAUCUCUUGGAUCUGUUAAAAGCAUCUCCAAGUCUUUUGGCUUGAAAUGUUCCUCCAAUUUCAGAACCUCAAUGGCAACUUACAAGAUUAAGCUUGUAGGAACAAAAGGUGAGGUGAACGAGUUUGAGGCCCCCGAUGAUAAGUACAUUCUAGAUGCAGCUGAGGAAGCAGGGGUUGAGCUACCAUAUUCUUGCAGAGCUGGAGCUUGCUGCACAUGUGCCGGGAAGAUGAUUUCAGGUUCUGUGGAUCAAUCUGAUGGUUCUUUCCUUGACGAUAAACAAAUGGAGGAAGGUUAUCUGCUGACUUGUGUUGCGUACCCAACUUCAGACUGUGAAAUUCACACCCACAAGGAAACCGAUCUUUUCUAAGUAGUUUGUGGUCUGAAAUGAUUACGGUCUCAGUUGUUGUCUAUGGACUCAUCUAAACUUGCUACCAAUGAGGAUAUAAAGCUUUUUAAUUUGUGCUGAA